UCUAACCCAACUUUCUCAAUUCGAUUCUUCUCCUCUCGUCUGUGUUCGUUCGGUUACAUAGCAACACAAUCCUUGACCACAAAAUUAUAAACAAGCAAAAUCAUUUGAAAUAAACAACCAGAUGCCAGAUCUCUGUUGCUGUGAAUAUUAUGAUCUCGAAGGUGAACGUAAUCAUCUGUUAGCUUGCUGCUGCAACUGUUAUCAACUGGACGAAUCCUUUGAAAGAUUAAUCACAUGUAACCCUCUCCCAAACCAACUGAAACACUCUCUUCUGCUGACACUACGCGACAGAAUGCGAAUACCAUGGUACGGCGGCGCGAAACAAAUCUCCAUGGGCAUGCCCUUCGUCUACGUACCCAUCCUAAUCCUCAUCGCGACUCUAAACCUGACUUGCACGAUCAUCUCCGGCGCAAUCGCCAUGAUAAUCGUGUAUAGCAUCAAAAGCGCAAUGAUGCUACCGAAAUUCUUCGCCAUGUGGAUGGCCAUCUCAGUUGUAAUAAUAAUCGGCGUGUUUGAGAUCUACGUAGUCCCUUGGUUACUAAUCCUACCACGGGAGAACAUUUUAAUGAUAGCUCUCAUAGUAACAUCGAUGAUAUGCGUUGCGAAAAUUCACUGCGAUGUUAAACGUCUACAAGAAGGCAUUUCAAGUGAUAAAACUUCAUAUUAUUGUCAGUUUUGUCACAUUUACAAGACCGAUGGAACCGUACACAAGUACUGGAUUGACACCUGUGUAACAACUUCAACUUACAAAUUCUAUCUACUAGCGACCAUAACAUGCUCGGCGUGUUUGUUAUACGUCGCAAAUUUAAACCUUACAACUAUUUGUUAUCCAUUCCGUCCUUUUAAAGGAUAUUCCCUGUUGUUACCUGAAGAUUGCGGAGAAGUUUACGAAUCCUUUUCGAUUGCCCUACCGUUUGUGACUGCAAUCUACGGCACAGCAAUCGGUUUCCUUCUGCUGUUUGAGUUUGUUGUGAAUAUUCUAGGCUGUACACAAUGUUUAGGCAUUGCGAAACUACUCAGGUUGUUGUGUAGUUGUUUCUGUUUGCGAAUCUGUUGCUUAAGAAGGCAGGGAAGCAGCGUGAAAGCAUCACCAAAGAAUAUUAUCUAAUCAUGUCACAUUAUUUAUAUCCACACGUAUUCAUUUCAAUAUCAAUCAAUAAAUGCAGUAAAGUUUCAUGUUA